CAGUAAGUCUUGAAAUUGCUAACGUUAUAACCAUGAACAACCUAUUAUGCUCAGUAUUGUUAAUCUUCGUAACAGCAAUAAUCCUUAUUGAUGCCCAAUGCAAUUACAUAUAUACAAAUGAUAAAUAUUUAGAUCCUGAGGCCUUUGGAAGUUCAACCUUGGAAGAAGACCAGAGUGGUUGUGAUCAACGGUGUACUACCAACACCCAAUGUACAGGCGCAUUUUUCGCUCCAGAACCAGUCAAUAUUUGUUAUCUGUAUGAAGCUCCACUCAUUUCCUUAUAUCUAGAUUUAGAUCUGACCCAAUGUGAAGACAGUUGCAACCAGAUGGACGAAUGCAUAACGUGGAGUUUGGGUGGACGUUUUCAAAGAUGUCUUCUUUUUAACGUUGACCUGGACAACUUACCCAGUAAUGUCGGUCAAAGAGAUGCUGAUGGAGAAACCAUAGCAGAAAAACAAUGUCUGAAAUAAAAACUAUUUAUAACCAUAAA